AGACAAGCACGUUUAUUCAUAUAUAAUAUAUAUAGUUUUACAAGUUCCAACCAAACCAUGCAAUGAAAUCAAAUCAAUUCAAUUAAGGGACCCAUUUUGUAGCUCAUAACUCCUUGUUCUUGACAUCCCAUCACCAUGCAUGUUCCAUUAAUGUUCUUCUUUUCUUCUGAUGGUGAAGAAUCAUAAUGGUAAAUAAGUAUUCAAUUCCAUUCAAUUCUAAGCACACCAAAAUAAAAAACCCAUUUUUAUUCUUCUUCAAUCUGGUCCCCCAACAAGCUCUGCAUUGUUCCAAAUUAAUAAAUUUCUAAACUUUUUGAUUGUAUGUUGUUUUUUCUCAUGUGGGUUUUCUGAAAUUUGAAAAUCCCAGAACCAGAAUUAGCUCAGGAAAUUUCUUGUCUGAUCUGAGCUUGAAAAUGGAGAAUGAACAUUCUCUUUUGGCAGAAAGGUCUUUGGCUGAAACCCCAUCAUGGGCUUUUGCUUCUGUAGUUGCUGUAUUAGUCUCUUUUGGGUUCUUCUUCCAAAUUUCUUUAAACCGGUUUGGAAAUUGGCUUGAUAGGACCAAGAGAAAAUCCCUUUUUGCAGCAUUGGAAAAGAUCAAAGAAGAGUUAAUGCUAUUUGGGCUUUUAUCACUGUUAAUGGGUCAUUGGAUUGUUAUUGUGGCAAAGAUUUGUGUGAAAACAUCAGUUUUGAGCAGCAGAUUCUAUCCUUGUGGAUUGGAAGAAAUUUAUGUAGUUAAAGAUGGUGCUGAUGAUCUCUCUUCAAGUUCUGAUUUUGUGAAUAAUAAGUCUGUUUACAAGAAGCAUUUUUCAACUCAUCAUUUUUGUUCUGAGGGUCAUGAAUCGUUUGCUUCAUACGAAAGUCUCGAACAGCUUCAUCGUUCGAUGUUUGUUCUUGGCAUUACACAUGUUUUAUAUAGCUUUGCGGCCAUUGCUUUAGCCAUGCUUAAGAUUUAUAGCUGGAGAGUGUGGGAAAAUGAAGCCAAAUCUCUAGCUACUCACACCAUAGUAGAUGCUCCAGAAGCUCGGCCAAAAGGUGCAAAAAUGAAAAGAAUGUCUACUUUCAUUGAUCAUCAUACAUCUCAUCCAUGGAGCCAACACAAGAUUCUGGUUUGGCUGCUUUGUUUCAGUCGCCAGUUCUGGAGCUCUAUUAACCGAUCUGAUUACAUGGCUUUGCGAUUAGGCUUCAUCACUAACCAUCAACUUCCUUUAUCAUACGAUUUUCAUAAUUAUAUGCUUAGGAGCAUGGAGGAAGAAUUUCGCGACAUUGUUGGCAUCAGUAUUCCUCUAUGGAUCUACACCAUUUUCUGCAUCUUUCUAGAUUUUCAUGGAAGCAAUAUUUAUUUUUGGCUUUCUUUCUUUCCUGCCAUUUUGAUCUUGCUCAUCGGUACUAAACUUCACCGAGUGGUGGUAAAGUUAGCUGUCGAAAUCAUGGAUCGGUGUCCAUACAUGGAAAAUCACCAGUUUAAGCUAAGGGAUGAGUUAUUUUGGUUUAAAAGGCCUAAGCUUCUUUUGCAUUGUAUACAACUAAUAUCAUUUCAGAAUGCAUUUGAAAUGGCUACUUUCAUUUGGUCCCUUGGUGAUAUCGCAGUUCUGGUGCAGCUUCGUGACAUUCCCGCUCUAUGUUAUCAUAACUCAGAUGGGUUCGCGGUUCAAAAAAACUGUAAUAACCGAUAGUGUGAGAAAAUCACUAAUGGGGUGGCAGAGAAGAGUUAAAGCCAAGCAUUCACAAUCUACAACUCCACUCCUUGUUAGUGAUGCAGCAACUUCAUCAUCAGAAUCUUUGAUGACCGAGUCAAUUCGAACUGGUGAUGACUUUGCCACAACUAGCACAGAAGGAAGCUCUACAGGAUCUCGCAUUAAGAAUCACCCGUAUCAGAGAUUUGAAGAAGAAGGAGAGGGAGAGAGGCCGACUUAUGAAAUAAAUCCCGAAAACUUAGACCACUUUGCAUCGCCUUAUGACAUUCAUAGUAAUGAUUAUGAAAUAAGACAUCGAAAUGUUAACAAUGAUGUAGUAUCUCCUUAAAAUUAGUAUUGUAUCUGAAUGUCAAUUAUUUAGUUCGCUUUAAAAGCGAACUAAGUAUACGGUUAGGGGUCAACAGACAUAACUAAUUGUCUGUUAUGACAAUUAGUAUCCGAGAGAGAUUGAGAAUGUGGUUGCGAAAGAGAGUUUACGAAGAUUGCAAAUAGGGAGAACUUGCAUUCGAUGCAACUUCUCGAGUUUGUGUGUAACAAUUUGUACAAUAUUGUUGUAACUCUAUUGAUCAGCUCAUAUAAAGUUCCUGUUGGAAAGUUUAUGAAUAUUUUAAGAAAAA